AAAAAAUAUAGCUGAUAUUGUGAGCAACAUUACACUAUAAACAAGGUCUUAAGAGAGUGCGAAGCUUUGGUUUCAUGCCUCACCUUGGCACCUACUACCAAAAUAUAAAAAAAAAUCAAGUGUAGGCCUACCAUUAUUAUUAUUAUGUUAGAAAUGAACGAGUAGUCAUUCUCUGGCGCUGCCAGGGUCGAGUUUCGCUAAAGAGAAACAAAAUUCAUCGUAGUCCCUUUAACAGUUUCCACUGAGGAAUUUUCUGGUGAUGUGGCAGGUCUGCAGCAGUACCACCCUCUGACAGGCAACGAAGAUGUUCCUAGGAAUGUUAAGGGCCUUGAAGGUGUCUGUGAGGAAGUAAACAAUGAGCAGGAAGAUGUUUCAUUCAGUUGAAGUCUACUUUAUCUUUCUCAUAGGACACAUCAAAGCUGUCUCAGACUGUGGCCAUGCCGAAGAAGGGAAAGAAUAUAGUUUAUGGUUGAAUGGAACAAUACAAAACAGAGACAAGGAAGUCGCAGUGAAACGAGGGAAAAGUUUCAUAGCCAAAUGUGUCCCUGCAGUUGGAUGUAAAUCUUUACACGAAAACAUUUUUAGUCUUUCCAUGGCUCUAGCAGUUGGCCACCAGCUUUCUGUGAAUGUGAAGAUUGUGAAGACCACACGACAUGACAGCAAAACUUGGCGAAUGGAACUCAUUUCCAGUGAAUCACUUAUUGCAAGUUGCAGUCUUUUGACAUUUUCACGACCAGAAAAUGUGACCUGUGAAGUUGACAAAGGUACCAGUGGAAUCAAUAUUACAUGUAAUACAACAAAGAUUUAUCCCAGAGCAAAGUGUGAUUUUCUUGUGUACGUUAAUGAGAAAAAGAGACAUAAUGAUAUCCCAAUACUAUAUGAACAUUAUGAGUUUAAAAAUGGGGAAAUGUUUUUCUCGUCGGCCUGCAAAUUUAGGAUAUUCAAAGAAGCCAUUGAAUUUGGAUUAUAUGAGAUCAAAGCUAUGUUAACACCAGAAAUAUCUAAGCCUGGAGAAGAAAUAAAAUAUGGUUCUAUCAUUGCAGUAUCCUUUGUGAUUGAGAGACCUAAAGUAAAACUUGAAGACUGUCCAAACUUUGUCCGAGAAAACUCUGAUGUUUCUUGCUUAUGUACAGAUUAUAAAUCAAAUAACAAAAUAAGUUCAAACAGUUCUACCUCAUAUACUAUAAGAUGGUAUAAUAACCGUGGAGACGUAGUUCAAGAGGGAAAUUUGUUAAAUUUUACAGCUAAUGAAACAGUCGAAGAAUAUGCGUGUGAAGGUACAGAUCGUUUUGGAUUUAAAAGCCUGUUGCUUCUGUAUCAACCUGUCUUGUUAGAGUUUGACAACCAUACAGAAGACAUAAAAAAGUCAAGGGUGCAUCAAAUAAUCUCCGUUUCCAGUGUUGCAAGUGUACUUUUUAUAUUGAUAAUUUUGGCAGCCAUCUGUGGUGGAAUUUUAGUAAAGAGAAGAAAAUGGAGAAAAAGUCUAAAAGCUAAAAAAAGACCUAUGGUAUUCAAGCAUUCUGAACAAAGAUUAUCAAUGGAAUCAAAUCAUGAUUAUCAUGUGUUAGCUGCCGAUCACUAUGACAAGUGUGAUCCUGAUGACUAUGACAGAUCAGAGCUAAAAGAUGAGCUAAAAACAAAGAACAAUUUACUGCAAAUAUUAAACACAGAAUACAUCACACCCAUUAUAAAGGAUUCUCCGUAGCAUUGGCUUAACGAAGGUAUGUCAAACACGGCGUUUGGGGGCCGCAUGUGGCCCGCAACCACCUUGCGUGCGGCCCGCUUAGCCACCUAAAAAUUAUCAAAAUAAUGUUAAACUGUUACGCUGGAAAAUAAGAGAUGACAAUCUACUUAAAUUAAAAAUAGUAUUUGUUAAACUGAACAACGAGAGUGAGUCUGCAGUGAAAGCAAACUUCAUUUUGUCAAACUUAAUUGCAAGCCAUAGCAAAUCAUUUAGUGAAUGUGAUUUUAUGAAGGAGUGUGUCAUUAAAGCUGAAGUAAUUUGUCCAGAAAAGGUGAAAGCAUUCACAGAAAUAGCGUUAACUAGCAAUACUGUGGCUGAUCGAAUAAAUGACAUGUCAGUCAGAUUGGAUACCAGCCCAUAUACAACUAGAAGGAAAUGAGAAGGCUGACACACUCACCAAGAGUGGGAGAACUAACUCUCAAAUAAACUC